AUGCUCACACAGUCGGUGAGAAGAGUCCAGCCUGGGAAGAGGACCUCCAGCACCUUUGCCAAGCCUGCUAACCCCCUGGAAAGUCCUGGUGAGUGGACAACGUGGUUCAACAUCGACCACCCAGGCGGGCAGGGCGACUAUGAGCGGUUGGAUGCCAUUCGCUUCUACUAUGGGGAUCGUGUAUGUGCCCGUCCCCUGCGGCUAGAGGCUCGGACCACUGACUGGACGCCUGCAGGCAGCACUGGCCAGGUGGUCCAUGGCAAUGCCCGUGAGGGAUUCUGGUGCCUCAACAGGGAGCAGCGGCCUGGCCAGAACUGCUCCAAUUACACUGUGCGUUUCCUCUGCCCACCUGGGUCCCUGCGCCAAGACACAGAGCACAUCUGGAGCCCAUGGUCUCCCUGGAGCAAGUGCUCAGCUGCCUGUGGUCACACCGGGGUCCAGACCCGCACACGCACCUGUUUGGCAGAGACAGUGUCGCUAUGCACUGAGGCCACUGAGGAAGGCCAGCUCUGCGUGCGCCAGGCCUGUAAAGCAUGUGACCUAACCUGCCCCAUGGGCCAGGUGAAUGCUGACUGUGAUGCCUGCAUGUGCCAGGACUUCAUGCUUCAUGGGGCUGUCUCCCUCCCUGGGGGUGCCCCAGCCUCAGGGGCCACUGUCUACCUGCUGACGAAGACGCCUAAGCCACUGACCCAGACAGACAGCAGCGGGAGGUUCCAAGUCCCUGGCUUGUGCCCCGAUGGAAAAAGCAUCCUGAAGAUCACAAAGGCCAAGUUUGCCCCCAUUGUGCUCAUAAUGCCUAAAACUGGCCUGAAGGCAGCCACCAUCAAUGCAGAGUUCAUGAGGGCAGAGACUCCAUACAUGGUGAUGAACCCUGAAACAAAAGCACGGAGAGCUGGGCAGAGUGUGUCCCUGUGCUGUAAGGCCACGGGGAAGCCCAGUCCAGACAAGUAUUUCUGGUACCACAACAACACAUUGCUGGAUCCCUCCCUCUACAAGCACGAGAGCAAACUGGUGUUGAAGAACCUGCAGCAGGACCAGGCUGGGGAGUACUUUUGCAAGGCCCAGAGCGAUGCUGGGGCUGUGAAGUCUCAGGUUGCCCAGCUGACAAUCAUAGCUCUUGGUGAGACUCCUUGCAGCCCAACCCCUGAGAGCUACCUUAUCCGGCUGCCCCAUGAUUGCUUCCAGAAUGCUACCAACUCCUUCUACUAUGAUGUGGGCCACUGCCCUGUCAAGACCUGUGCAGGGCAGCAGGAUAAUGGGAUCAGGUGCCGGGAUGCUGCAAACUGCUGUGGUAUCUCCAAAACAGAGGAGAGGGAGAUUCAGUGCAGUGGGUAUACGCUGCCCACUAAGGUGGCCACAGAGUGCAGCUGCCAGAGGUGUACAGAAACCCGGAGCAUUGUGAGGGGCCGUGUCAGUGCUGCCGACAAUGGGGAACCCAUGCGCUUUGGCUACGUGUACAUGGGGGGCAGCCGUGUGAGCAUGACUGGCUACAAGGGAACUUUCACCCUCCACAUCCCCCAGGACACUGAGAGACUGGUACUCACAUUUGUGGACAGGCUGCAGAAGUUUGUCAAUACCACUAAAGUGCUGCCUUUCAACAAGAAGGGGAGUGCAGUGUUCCAUGAAAUCAAGAUGCUUCGGCGGAAAGAGCCCAUAACUUUGGAAGCCAUGGAGACCAACAUUAUCCCUCUGGGAGAGGUGGUUGGUGAAGAUCCCAUGGCUGAACUGGAGAUCCCAUCCAAGAGUUUCUACAGGCAGAAUGGGGAGCCCUACACAGGAAAAGUGAAGGCCAGUGUGACUUUCCUGGAUCCCCGGAAUAUUUCCACAGCCACAGCUGCCCAGAGUGACCUGAACUUCAUCAAUGAUGAAGGAGACACCUUCCCCCUUCGGACAUAUGGCAUGUUCUCUGUGGACUUCACAGAUGAGGCUACCUCAGAGCCCCUUAAUGCUGGCAAGGUGAAGGUCCACCUCGACUCGACCCAGGUCAAGAUGCCAGAGCACGUGCCCACAAUGAAACUCUGGUCGCUCAACCCAGACACGGGACUAUGGGAGGAGGAAGGUGAUUUCAAAUUUGAAAGCCAAAGGAGGAAUAAAAGGGAAGAGAGAACCUUCCUGGUGGGCAACAUGGAGAUCCGUGAGAGGAGGCUCUUUAAUCUGGAUGUCCCUGAAAGCAGGAGGUGCUUUAUCAAAGUGAGGGCCUACCGGAGUGAGAGGUUCUUGCCCAGUGAGCAGAUCCAGGGGGUUGUGGUCUCUGUGAUCAACCUAGAGCCCAGAACUGGCUUCUCAUCCAACCCUAGGGCUUGGGGCCGCUUUGACAGUGUCAUCACGGGCCCUAAUGGGGCCUGUCUACCUGCCUUCUGUGAUGACCAGUCCCCUGAUGCCUACUCUGCCUAUGUCUUGGCAAGCCUGGCUGGGGAGGAACUAGAAGCAGUGGAGUCUUCUCCUAAAUUCAACCCAAAUGCAAUUGGUGUCCCUCAGCCCUACCUCAGCAAGCUUAAGUACCAACGGACAGACCAUGAGGACCCCCGGGUUAAGAAGACAGCUUUCCAGAUCAGCAUGGCCAAGCCAAGGCCAAACUCAGCUGAGGAGAGCAAUGGGCCUAUCUAUGCCUUUGAGAACCUCCGGGCAUGUGAAGAGGCACCACCCAGUGCAGCCCACUUCCGCUUCUACCAGAUUGAGGGGGAUCGGUAUGACUAUAACACAGUCCACUUCAAUGAAGAUGACCCCAUGAGCUGGACUGAAGACUACCUGGCAUGGUGGCCCAAGCCGAUGGAGUUCAGGGCCUGCUACAUCAAGGUGAGGAUCGUGGGGCCACUGGAAGUGAAUGUGCGAUCCUGCAACAUGGGGGGCACCCACCGGCAGACAGUGGGGAAGCUUUAUGGAAUCCGGGAUGUGAGAAGCACUCGGGAUAGGGACCAACCCAAUGUUUCAUCUGCCUGUCUGGAGUUCAAAUGCAGUGGGAUGCUCUAUGACCAGGACCGUGUGGACCGCACACUGGUGAAAAUCAUCCCCCAGGGCAGCUGCCAUCGAGCCAGCGUGAAUUCCAUGCUGCAUGAGUACCUUGUCAACCACCUACCACUGGCAGUCAACAAUGACACCAGUGAGUACACCAUGCUUGCACCCCUGGACCCACUGGGCCACAACUACGGCAUCUACACUGUCACUGAUCAGGACCCUCGCACAGCCAAGGAGAUUGCACUUGGCCGGUGCUUUGAUGGGACAUCUGAUGGCUCCUCCAGAGUCAUGAAGAGCAACGUGGGGGUAGCCCUUACCUUUAACUGUGUAGAAAGGCAGGUGGGCCGCCAGAGUGCUUUUCAGUACCUCCAAAGCACCCCAGCCCGAUCCCCUACUGCAGGCACUGUCCGAGGAAGAGUGCCCUCAAGGAGGCAGCAGCGGGAGAGUAGGAGUGGCCAGCGCCAGCAUGGAGGGGUAGCCUGAGAUUUCCUGGAGUUGCUCAACAGCCUCUGAGUAACUAAGUCUUAUGGUACUUCAUAUUCUUCUCCCUGUCCCUCAUGUGACAGCCAUUGUGAGACUGAUAAACUGUCACUUGGUUAAUUUAAGCACAUCUGUUUUGGUGCAAUUUGCUUGUUUCUUCAUGCCUUUACUUACUGUCUUUGUCCCAUGAUACUGAUUGGCGCACAGCCCCCAAAACAGCAAAAUAAAGCCCCUUGUGCUAUUCUUUAAAAGAAACAAGAAACUGGUCACUGGUAAAACUGCAUCUUUGACCAUUCUUCAUUUAGUGCCAUUAAUGCAAAUGUACUUCCUUUUCUUUUUGCUUGGUUUUACUCACCUCUACAAUAAUAGUAAUCUAAUGCUGAAGAUUAAAUAACCAAUAUAAAGCAUAUUUCUUAGUUUUGCUCUACAGGACAUAAGCAAGGUCUCUAUCAUGUUCAUACAUAUAAAUGGUAGUGAAAUAAAUAAAAUACAAUAUUUUUACUUGAAAUGUAAA